CAGCAGCAGCCUGCAGCCAACAGCAGGUGCUUCGGGGGGACACGGUGGUUGCGUCAGCGUGUCGCCAUGAGUGCGGACGAGGAUGCACGCUGGCUGGACUGGGUGACCAAACAGUUUGAAAGCAUCGCAGGAGACGACAAGGAAAUCGACUUGGAAGAGUUCAAAACCGCCCUCAAGGUCAAAGAGUCUUUCUUUGCCGAGCGUUUCUUUGCGCUCUUCGACUCCGAUGGGAGCAGCUCCAUCAGCUUGGACGAGCUCCUGGAGGCUCUGGAACUGCUCAUACACGGCAGCGAGACAGACAAGCUCAAGUUCCUCUUCCAGGUCUACGAUGUGGACGGAAGCGGUUCAAUCGAUCCGGACGAGCUGCGCACAGUUCUGAAGUCGUGCCUGCGUGAGAGCGCCAUCUCUCUGCCAGAGGAGAAACUAGACGACUUGACAUUGGCGCUCUUUGAGUCUGCCGACAAAGACAACAGUGGCGCCAUCACCUUCGAGGAGCUCAAGGCUGAGCUGGAGAACUUUCCGGAAGUGAUGGAGAACCUAACCAUCAGUGCUGCCAACUGGCUCAAGCCUCCAGAUGUGGACCAGAAGAAACGUCAGACUCCUCGCUACUUGACGCGAGCCUACUGGCACAACAACAGUCGCAAGCUCUUCUUCCUGUGCGGCUACACCUGUCUCAGCCUCAUGCUUUUCGUCGGCGCCGUCCUGCAGCAUCGCCACGGCAGCGCCUGCUACAUGCUGGCUAAAGGUUGCGGACAGUGUCUCAACUUCAACUGCACCUUUGUCAUGGUCCUGAUGCUGCGUCGCUGUCUCACAUGGUUGAGGGCCACGUGGGUGGUGAAGGUCUUGCCUCUAGACCAGAACAUCCUAUUACAUCAGAUUGUGGGCUGCGCCAUCCUCGGCUACACCCUCGUACACACAACUGCACAUGUUUUCAACUUUGCCCAGCUGUCGGAGCACAGCGGCUUUAGUCUUUGGGAAUACAUUCUCACCACACGGCCUGGGAUCGGCUGGGUCAAGGGUACGGCCUCACUUACCGGGGUGGUUCUUCAGGUGGUGAUCUGCCUCAUGGUGCUGUGCUCCAGCACCUUCGUACGACGCAGCGGCCAUUUUGAAGUGUUCUACUGGUCCCACCUGUCCUACGUGUGGGUGUGGUCACUGCUUAUGAUCCACUGCGCCAACUUCUGGAAGUGGUUUGUUGUUCCGGGACUGGUAUUCCUGCUGGAGAAGAUUAUUGGAAUUGCUGUGUCCCGCAUGGGAGGUCUGUACAUAGUGGAAGUCAACCUGCUGCCGUCCAAGGUGACUCAUCUCGUCAUCAAGCGUCCACAGUUUUUCCAAUUCAAGCCGGGAGAUUACGUCUACAUCAACAUUCCGGUCAUCGCCAAGUACGAGUGGCAUCCGUUCACCAUCAGCAGCGCUCCGGAACAAUCGGAUAGUCUGUGGCUGCACAUCCGUUCGAUGGGCCAGUGGACCAACCGCCUGUAUGAGUACUUCAGGCAGCCUCAGAGUCCAGUGCCAAGUCCAAGGAGGCUGGCAGCAAGUUUGCGCAGCAGACCACUGAUGAAAACUCCAGAUGAUAUGUUCAGCUCGUCGCAUUUUAAUGCCACCGUGGCGUCCAAUGAGGACACCACCGUCGAGCUGACUAUGUAUCGUCAGAAUGGCUCCCCGACCGGCGUGGCCCCUGCAACCUCGUCGCAAGAUCCUCUUCCUUCCGAUGAGCUGGGGCCCGCAGAAAGAGGCGAGGCCCCACCCCUAAAAGAGGUUUCUGCAACGUUUGGAGAGAAUCAUCGCUUCUGCAAUAUCAAGUGUUACGUGGAUGGUCCAUACGGGACCCCCACCAGACAGAUCUUUGCGUCAGAGCACGCUGUUCUGAUCGGAGCAGGCAUUGGCAUCACACCCUUCGCCUCCAUCCUGCAAAGCAUCAUGUACAGGUACCGGCGCAGGAAGCAGAACUGUCCGAACUGCAACUACUCAUGGUGCGAGAACAUCAAUGACAGCGAAAUGGAUCUUCGCAAAGUGGACUUCAUCUGGAUCAACCGGGACCAGAAGUCCUUCGAGUGGUUCGUCAGCCUCCUGACCAAACUGGAGAUGGACCAAGCCGACGAGGAGCCCGAGGGGCGCUUCCUGGAGAUGCACAUGUACAUGACGUCCGCCUUGUGUAAGAACGACAUGAAGGCCAUCGGCCUACAGAUGGCGCUGGACCUGCUGGCCAAGAAAGAGAAGUGUGACUCCAUCACUGGCCUGAGGACCAGAACUCAACCUGGACGACCCGAGUGGGGGAAGGUGUUCCAGAAGAUUUCAGAAGAGAAGAAAGGCAAAGUACACGUGUUCUAUUGCGGUUCUCCUGCAUUGGCUAAAGUCAUCAAAGCUCAGUGUGAAAACUUUGGCUUCAACUUCUAUAAGGAAAACUUCUGAAGACUUGCAGGAGUGCCACUUGAUUUGUCUAAGCAAAGUGGACUGGAGGUCAAACGACCAGCUUGUCAGUGCCUUGCUCAGGGGACACCAAUGGGUCUUUUCACACUGAAUGAACUACUGCCAACUCGA